AUUACAUAAUGCUAGCGUUCUCACGCCCAUGUCUUUUGGACGCCCACCGUCAAUUAACGUUGGAUUCAAGACUUCCCCUCCAGAUCGCGGUUCCUUUCCUCUAGACCAUGAUGGCGAGUGCAAGGAACAAAUGAUGCAAUACAUGGCUUGCUUGCGCAAAAAUUCUAGUGAAUCCACUCCGUGCAGAGUCGUGAGCAAACAAUACCUUGACUGUCGAAUGACCAAAGGACUUAUGGAGCGUGAUGAAUGGAGGAAUCUUGGACUAGCCAACCUGGAAGGAGAUUCCGCCGAACCAACGCGCACUUCAUCCUGAAUGUAUCUACACCUACUCCACAAAACGAAAUACGUGGACAACAUCACGGAUGUGACCAAUAUCUGGCCGAGGUGUGAGCUGUAGUAGUGCAAGAGUGCACCACACGUAGUAUAAUAAGCGUUCGCUUAUUACGCCAUCGUAAAUUUACAUACACGACGCGUUAAUCUCCUUGUCUCAAUUCCCGAGUAAACCAAGCCUGUUCUCGACCUCUGACAAUGAGGUCCAUAUCAUAUUCAUGGACCAGUGGAUAGGGCUGCGAAUCUUUCUUUCUCAUGACAUCAAUGAGACUCGGAUAAUCAAUAA